AUGCUACAACCUUACCUAGCGAGAUAUCUUCCGGCAUUAAUUUAUGACCGCAUUGAUGUCACGAUUCAUGGCUGGGAAUUUCGACGGAGAAGAUGGUAUCAUGACCGCCUAGGAGACAUCUUCGCCCUCGUGACACCAGACGAAUUUUCAGUCUGGUGCGCAGAUCCUGCCGUUAGCCAAACAAUCUUGCAGAAAAGGAAUGAAUUUCAACAGGCUCCCGUGGUGGGCAAAGUUCUAGGAUUUCUAGGACCAAAUGUUUUCAUGACCAAUGGAGAUGAGUGGAAGCGACACCGUAGAAUGUUCAACACAAACUUGGACGAACGGAUCAGCAAGAUGGUUUGGACUGAAUCAAUUGAGCAGGCUCAGGCGAUGGUUGACUAUAUGGUCGAGCAUCCUGGCAAUGAAACUUUAGAGGGCUUGCGCAGCAUAGCGAUCAACAUCAUUGGGAAAGCCGGAUACAACUGGCAGCAAUCAUGGUCGCCCAAAAAGAGCUACGGGACAAGCAAGGCAGGCAGUGUUAAAGAAUCAUACUUCGAAAUGCUCUCGCUUGUGUCAACCAAGAUCCUAGAAGCAGCAUUUCUUCCCCGAAAGUUGUUGCAGUUACCCUUCAUGUCGCCUGCAUGGCGGCUCAUGGGUUAUCAUUUGGAACGAGCGCCUCGAUAUAUCGAAGAAAUGCUUCGAGACGAAGCCCAAAUUGCCACAGACAGAGGAGAACCGGGCCAUAACUUCUUGUCGUUGAUGCUUCAGCAUGCGAAUGAAGAAAAGCACGCUGGUGAAGUUACAUCCUCACUCUCAGCGGAAGAGAUCAGCGGCAACCUUUUCGUGUUUACUGUCGCGGGGUUUGAAUCAACAGCUAACACCAUGGGGUUCACGGUGAUUCUUCUGGCUCUCUACCCGGAAUGGCAGGACUGGAUUCGAGAAGAGAUCAAUUUGAUAGCAAAGGACUCGACGAAUUUGGCUUAUGAAACCACCUUCGCUAAAUGCAAGCGCCUAUUGGCCCUUAUGUUCGAAACCCUGCGCAUCUUCACCCCGGUUGCACAUAGCACUCGUGCUAUAUUCCACCCCACGUCGGUUAUCAGCUCUCAGGGUACCACCCAUCACCUCACCCCUCCGCUCGACAUCUACGCUGAAACGGCAAUCCUGAAUAUAAGUCCCGCUUUUUGGGGAGACGAUGCCCUGGAGUUCCGACCGUCUCGGUGGAUCGAUCAGUCCGGGCAACUGAUCACUCCAGAAAAGGGCACGUUCAUGCCCUGGUCCGGUGGCCCCCGAGUAUGUCCGGGCCUCAAGAUGUCCGAAGUGGAGUUUGUCGCGACCAUGGUCACUCUUUUCCGAUCAGCUCGCUGCGAGCCUCAUGCUCUUCCGGGGGAUGGACCGGGAGACCCUACGCUCCGGUUACAGAGGGUCGUACAGAGACCGAUUACCAAGAUGACAUUGGCGGUCAGGAAUCCGGAAGACGUGCAGCUGAAAUGGACGCUGCUUGGUAAGAACAGAUAG